GGCCCCGCCCGGGGGGGGCCGGGCCGGCCCCGGUGGCGGCGGGCGGCGGCGGGGGCCAUGGCCAAGGCCUACGACCACCUCUUCAAGCUGCUGCUGAUCGGGGACAGCGGCGUGGGCAAGACCUGCCUCGUCAUCCGCUUCGCCGAGAACGACUUCAGCAGCACCUACAUCUCCACCAUCGGGAUCGACUUCAAGAUCCGGACCGUGGACAUCGAUGGCAAGAAGAUCAAACUGCAGAUCUGGGACACGGCGGGGCAGGAGCGCUUCAAAACCAUCACCACGGCCUAUUACCGAGGAGCUGUGGGCAUCAUCCUGGUGUACGACAUCACGGACCAGAAAUCCUUCGAGAACAUCCAGGGCUGGAUGAAGAGCAUCCAGGAGAACGCCUCGGCGGGGGUCGAGCGGCUCCUCCUCGGCAACAAGAGCGACAUGGAGAGCAGGAGGAAAGUGCGGAAGGCGGCCCAGAAGCUGGCCAAGGAACACGGGAUUCUCUUCGAGACCAGCGCCAAGUCCAGCGAGAACGUGGAGGAGGCGUUCCGGACGCUGGCCCGGGAUAUCCUGCACAAAUCCUUCCGGAAAGGCCCCCCCGGCAGCAGCAGCAGCACCAGGGCCCUGCUGGAGCCCGGAGCCCCCAAAAAGGCCGGCGGGAGAUGCUCCCUGGGCCCGGCGGCGGCGGCGGCGAUCGAGGAGCGGCCCGCGAGCCCCGCGGUGGCCACGCCGUGCUGGCGGGUGGAGCAGUUCGUGGUGGCCCAGGAAUGUGCCCCGUGUUCGGAAUUCCAGAUGAAGACCCUCCCGGACUGUGCCCCCACCGGCUUCAUCGAGAGGAUCAGCUGCCCCACGUCCCAGCGGGAGGAGUUCAAGAGCUGCCGCUCGGCCGCGCGGGAGUCGCGGCGCUUCUGGCGUUUCGUGGGCUCGGCGCUGGCCGUGGCGGCGGCGGCCGCGGCGCUCGUGGUGCUGCGGCAGCGGGAGCUCGACCGGAGAGCCCGGGAGAAGGUCCGAAAGCAGAUCGAGUCCAUCUGAGCCCCCGGCUGCAGCUCCUGCCUCGGGAAUCCCCUCGGGAAUCCCCCCCGGGGAGCAUCAUCGCAGCUCUUCUCUCGGGGAUCCCCUUCCCCGCUGGGAUCUGCCCCGGGAUCCCACCCUGGGGGGUCCCAGGAUCCCAUCCCGGGGGUCCCAGGAUCCCACCCUGGAAUAAAUGCUGGUCCUUGGGACAGAUCCCGGU